CGGCGCGCGGAGGCCGCGUCCGGGGGAGCCGUGGUGACCGCCGCCGGCUGAGACGAGAGCCCGAGGGGGUUAACCGCCGAGUCGGCGCGCGGGAGAGCGCGAGGGGCGCGCGCACGAGCCCGGCUCAGCCGACGGGAGCGCGCGGGCUCGGGCGCGGGGAUGGAGGACGCCGUGGCCGGGCCCCGGCUCCGGGCGGCGGCCGAGGCGGCCGAGGCGCGAGCGCAGCCGGGGGUGACGCUGCGGCCCUUCGCGCAGUUCUCGGGGGCGGCCGAGGCCGACGAGGGCGGCGGCGACUGGAGCUUCAUCGACUGCGAGAUGGAAGAGGUGGACCUGCAGGACCUGCCCAGCGCCACCAUCGCCUGCCACCUGGACCCGCGCGUGUUCGUGGACGGCCUGUGCCGGGCCAAAUUUGAAUCCCUCUUUAGGACAUACGACAAGGAUAUCACCUUUCAGUAUUUUAAGAGCUUCAAACGGGUCAGAAUAAACUUCAGCAACCCCUUAUCUGCGGCGGACGCCAGACUCCAGCUGCAUAAGACUGAAUUUCUUGGAAAGGAAAUGAAAUUAUAUUUUGCCCAGACGUUACACAUAGGAAGUUCCCACCUGGCCCCCCCGAAUCCGGACAAGCAGUUUCUGAUCUCUCCUCCUGCCUCGCCGCCCGUUGGCUGGAAACAAGUGGAAGACGCUACUCCUGUCAUAAAUUACGAUCUGUUAUACGCUAUCUCCAAGCUAGGGCCAGGGGAAAAGUAUGAAUUGCACGCAGCGACCGACACCACCCCCAGCGUGGUGGUCCACGUCUGUGAGAGCGAUCAGGAGAACGAGGAGGAGGAGGAGACGGAAAGAAUGAAGAGACCCAAACCAAAAAUUAUCCAGACCAGAAGGCCAGAGUAUACGCCUCUCCACUUAAGCUGAACUGGCGCCCGGAGGGAGAAGUAUUCCGAAUCACACUCACGGAGAGGAAUCUUUUUCUGUGCAAGUGGCCGCUCACGACUGGGGAGGUGGCAGCCGUGAUCGCUGCGGCAGAAAUUCCAGUUCGCGUUGCUCAGAAGAGAAUCAAGGCUUUGUCCUCUGGUUCUAAUGCUGGGCAUCCGUCAAUGUUCAUGGCUUCCGGGAAUGUCCUGGGCCAAUCCCUGAAGUUUAAGGUGAUCGCACGAGGACAUUUGGGCACGUCUCGAGAAAACCGAUAACCGAUCGUGUUUUGUACUUGUUCUUUUCUGGUAGGUUCUGUCUUUUGUCGAGGGCGGCUUGAUCCCCGGGUGUGGGGAGAACCCUCUGUUUCCAACCAGCCCACGGGGCAGACUCUCUCUACUGGUAGGAAAAGGCACCGCGAAGCCACAAAGCGUCCGGUGCAGAAAGGCUGUGGAAACAACAGUGCAGUGUGGGAAUUGUAGUGUUUCAUUUUUCUCCCCGUCACGUUCUAAUGUUUGUGCAUGUAUAUUACGGAUUUUCAGAACUAACCUCUGUUUGUGUAUAGUUACGCCAUUGUUGUGUUAACAUCUUUUGGGAAGAUGGGAAAGCUUGAACAACCGAUCGCCUUUCCAGACUCCUGAUUCUCUGCGACAGCACUCACACGUGGAAUGCACCUGGAAUACGUUCAUUGAGCAUCCUAUCCGUUGCAACAUAGCCCCUGUGCUUUGGCAAAAGAAGUCGAUCUGAAAUUCCCACGUAGAGUUUCACUUCGUAAAGUGCAGAGAACAGCAGUGUCACUGCCAGCAUUUAGUGGGUGAGAAAUUUUAGGUUAGGUGUUUGGGGUCAGACAUCGGUUCCAUUUAUUUCUUUUCCGUGGUGGUUUGUACACAUGAAUCGUAGCCGAAAUACCUUCCUGGGGGAACCGUUGGUGGAGAUAGUUGAUUUUUGUUUUUUUAACGCCACUAAAACGUCGAGGUAAACCUGUAAAUAAAGCCGAUAGCAUAUUUUCAUUCCCAUUUGUACACUCGGGUGAAAAACACGGCCGUGGAAUCGUAGUGUUAGAAUAUUACCCUACCUGUGACUUGUAUGUUGUAGAAAACGCUGUUAAAUGUCGGACAGGACUUGAAUUCAAAGCAUGUCAAGUGGAUAGUAAAUAUGUGGUGGAAUGCUAGGGACGCAGUGCCUUUUCCCCCAUUGAUUCCUGAUGGAAUUGUUACACUAGGUUAACGUCUGUAAUUUUUUUCUGGUCGUCAUGUGUGUGUCUGGUAAAUAGGUAUUCUAUUUUGGCCUUACAACACCCUAACGAAAUUUGUCCUUUGGAAAUCCCUAACGCCCAGUGACAGUGCAUGCUUUGGAGAUUUGGAAGGUGGUUUUCUUUAAGAAGCAAAUGCAUUAGGUUGUCCGUAUCAAGAAAUUGACGGGAUGUUCUCAAAACCCUGUUUACAGUCCUUGGUGAGGUGUUGGGGGGCCGUGAGGGAGAGACCAUUGCCUAGCUGUUCAAGUGUUCCUGGCUAAGUGCUUUUAAACUGGAGAGGCUAACCUCAAAAUAUUUUUUUUAACUGCAGUCUAUAAUAAAUCAACACAAUAUCCUCUUUACGGAAA